AUGAUAUUGAGAAAACGAUUCCAAUUUUUGAUGUGCGCGCUACGAAUUUUCUGUGUAUCAGCCGGAAAUAAUUCCACGGAAAUAAAGGAAUACGAAACGACAGACGAUCCUAUAGGGCUGCUGUCGUUGGAUUAUGUCGAGUAUACGACGAUUUUUGAGAACGGCGACGGUAAUUUACAAUUAUCCACGGGGAUCGAAGAGCUUUCGAAUAAAAUAACGAAGCCUGAUCGAAUCGAGCUCCUGUCGAAUGAUCACCUACAGUCUCAUGGACUCAAUAUUACAAUAGAAACACACUUAUCACAAUCAAGUAUACCACGUCUGGUAACUAUAGAAGCUAGUGCAUUUUCUUUAUCUAUUUACUGGCAAUCUCCAGAAAUAGGUUCGAAGUGUAUUAAGCACUAUCGUGUUAGUGUUAACCCACAAUCAACACUAAAAAUAUUAAAUGAAACUAAUGUAACAAUAAAUGGCCUAUAUGCCUGCACUAUUUACAACAUUUCUAUUAAUGCAGUAUAUAAAGACAAUAAUAAUGGAUCAGAAAUUACCACACAAACAAAAACACUACCAACUGUAUCAACUCCACCAAUAUUAUACAUUAAACAGCCUUUUGUUUACAAAAACAAUAUAUUAUUUUCAUGGAAAAUUGAGAACAGCAAUAACAAUUGCAUUUUAACAUAUUUGAAGACUACAUGCAAUUACAUAACAACUAAUGGUCAUGGCUAUGACAUCGUCAAUAAAACGGCAAUAACGUAUAUUAAUUCUAACAUUCAAAAUGAAUUUCUUAUAUAUACAGGGUGUCUUCAAAAUCAUGUACCAUCUACACCUGCACUUGAUGUUACAAGCAUAACACAUUCACAGUUUACACUUGUAUGGAAAACACCAACAUAUUUAGCAGGAAACCUGCAUGAGUUUGAAAUUACAUUAAAGUGGCAAGAACGUUUUUCAGUGCCAGAUUGGUGUGAUAAACCAUCAAAAAAAAUAACAACAAUAUCUUCCAAUCCAUCUACAUUUGCUCUUCAAUAUGUAAAUGCAAGUGCCUACACAACUUAUCAAGCAAAAAUUAGAGCCAAGACAGGAGCAGGUUGGGGAAUCUCUAGCGAAUUUUUAAUGUUUGAAACGCCACCUAAAGUUCCAGACAGGGUGACAAACCUUUCCCUUGUGCUUAUGAACAGCGAAAGUUAUACAAAUUCCUUUGAUACUAUUUUAACAUGGAGCCAUCCAUGUUCGUUGAAUGGAAAAAUAGAAUAUUUUAAUGUAUAUGCACAUGGGACUAGAACUAAUUAUCCGCCUCACCAGUUUUCAACUAAGAAAUAUAUUCCAAGCGAUAUUAGAAAAAAUGAUAUGUUUGUCAUGAAUUUAAAAGAGCUACAAGCAGAGUAUAAUUAUACUGUAGAAGUAUCUGCUAAAGUUGAAGAAGUUCAAGACCUAGGAAUUCCAACAAGAAGUAACAUAAUAUACCCAGCUGGCAUCCCACCUCAACCAGAAGGAGACUACAUAAAGUCUAUAACUGUAGAUCCAUCUAAAGCACGAAGAUCUACAAUGUCAGCUACUCUUUUACUUCCAUUAUUUCCGGAUACAAAUGGCGAUAUUAUUUUCUACUCUAUUAUAGUGUCAAGAAUGGAAUAUAAUACUGCAUCAAAUGCAAGAUUUAAUUUGACAAAUCAUGCAUGGCCAAACGUAUCUUCUUGGGAAGAAGCUAUGCUACAAGAUUUUACAAUACCCUAUCAAGCUACUAGAUUAUGUUGGAAUCCUUAUCCUAAUUAUGUUGCUGAUUAUGGUGACGUGAAAGCAGUGAAAUAUACACUCGGUGAAGAUACAAAUUGUGAAGAAAUUUCUUCCAACACCAAUAAACGAGUUUACUGCAAUGGACCUCUUAAACCAAAUUCAUGGUUUCACGUUAGAAUGAGGGCAUUUACUCGUGGUGGUUACGCUGACUCUACGAUAUUUUUAAUAAAAACUAAUGCUGAAAUAAAUAUUGGACUUGUUAGUGGAGUUGUGUUUGGUAUCUUAUUUUUGGGAAUUCUAACAACGAUGAUGUUAUUAGUACGCAAAUGUUCACCUCAAGUGAUACUACGAAGAUUUCUACAUUCUGAUAUGUCUGGUUCACCAGUCCCUGUACCUUUUUCAAAGAAGAAAUUUAUAGCUCAUUGUCAACAACUUAUUGAUAAUCCUGGAAAGUUGAGCAAUGAAUUUCAGUUACUUCAAACUCUUAGUGUAGAUUUACAGAUGCCAACAAACAAUGCCUGUUUACAAGCUAAUAAGAAGAAAAACAGAUAUUCCAAUAUCCUUCCAUAUGACUUUUCGAGAGUCAAAUUGGAAGUGAUCGAUAAUGAUCCUAAUACUGACUACAUUAACGCAUCCUUUAUAAGAGGCUAUACAGGAGAAGACGAAUAUAUAGCUUGUCAAGGUCCAAAAGAAGAAACAACAUUUGAUUUCUGGAGAAUGAUAGAACAAUAUAACAUCAACAUUAUAAUAAUGUUAACUCAGUUAGUUGAAAAGGGCAAAGAAAAAUGUUACCAAUAUUUUCCAACAAUUCGAGAAAGUUUUAGAUACGAAAAUAUGACCAUAAAGUGUACAAGUGAAUUAGAUUACAGAUCAUAUACACAAAGAACAUUAGUGCUGCAAAAGGAAAACAAGAAGAGAUAUAUAAUACAUUUACAUUUUAAAGAUUGGCCAGAUCAUGAUGUCCCAGAAGAUUUUGAUCCUAUGAUUCAUUUUUGUCAAAUUAUACGUCGUAAUGUUCUAGCUAAUAAAGGAUAUGUCAUCAUUCAUUGCAGUGCAGGAAUUGGUAGAACUGGUACCUUAAUAGCAAUAGAUAUACUUUUGCAACAUCUGCGAGAUAAUAGAAGGUUAGAUGUAUUUGGGACAGUGUACAGAUUACGACAUCAUAGAAUAAACAUGGUACAAAAAGAAAGUCAAUAUGCUUAUAUAUAUAAUUGUAUCAAACAAGUACUAAGGAAUCCAUAUUGCUUUAAAUCAUAUAAGCCUCCACCUAUGCAUCCACUAAGUGAAAACACCUCUAAGAAAUAA